CAGUUUGCCCAAGAAAAAGAAAAAGAAAAAAAAAAAAAAGGGAUGUUUAUGACCGGUGAUAAAAUAUGUCGGCCAAAGUUGGAUUUGUGUUGAAGGAAAAUCAACGUGGCGGGCGUGGGCAUUGGACAGAGAAGCAGCGAAGUAGGAAACAAUUCCGCCCUUCUUUUUAUCUUCUAAGAAAUUAUAAAUACCCAUAAUCGGUUCUUGCGGUGUGUGAAGAUGGAAGGACAAGUUUGCUCGGGUGUAAGUUCAUCGACAGAGAAGAGGAAGCAAAGGCAUCAACAACAGAAGCAAUACAGAGGAAUAAGGAUGAGGAAGUGGGGGAAGUGGGUAGCGGAAAUCAGAGAACCCAACAAGCGUUCCAGGAUUUGGCUUGGUUCUUACACAACUCCGGUCGCUGCCGCCAGGGCUUACGACACCGCCGUUUUCUACCUCCGAGGCCCCUCCGCCCGGCUGAAUUUCCCGGAAUCGAUUUUCGAAGAGGACCAACUGCAGGAUGUGUCAGCCGCCUCCAUACGAAAAAGAGCCACCGAAAUCGGCGCUAGGGUUGACGCCAUCCAAACCUCUCUACUUGCCUCUAAUUCAAACUCUCAAAUUUCGGAGAAGCCUGAUUUAAACCAGUACCCCAACCCCGAAAGCUCAGACGACGAUUAAUCUCGUAUCUCAACCAAUGAUUCCGUUUGAUCGGCUGUAGUUCUGCGAUUGUAACCACUCCAAAUCGGCUAAUACAAAUAGUUGUUCUGAUGUUCCCCUUUU